GUGUCACCGACUCGUCCCGGCGGAGUGAGGCUGGGUGGGGCGGGGUCAGGUGUCGCUUUGUUUACGUCCUCCUCCCGGUGAGUUGAGUCUGUUCAGUCCGUGAGGUAACCUGUGAAAUCAGAGGAUUUACUCCGUAUGUCCGAAGCUGAAUUACCGCUGCAAAGUGCUUCGUUUGGCGUGUCGCCGGUCCAAUGUAACCAGAGAAAGUUCUGGUAGUGUCGUAAAGUAUUUUGGUGCUUUAUAAUUGAUUUUAUUAUUUUCCGUUACUGUGUUUCCUCCAUCGUAUCAACACAAUGCGAGAUGUUCACCUGAACAAUGAGACGUGCAGCAACGGGUCGGUAGUUCGGCUGUGGUGUGGCUCUCAGUCUGCGCUGUGUGUGGUCUCUGGAGAUCAACCGCUGUUUAAUACACACCUGGACAGCAAUCACACAACAGAUCUACAGACACACAGCUCUUACAACCUGUGGCUCGGACUGACUCUGGCUCUGCUGUCUGCUUUCCUGAUUGGUGGGAGCGUCAUACUAAAGAAGAAAGCUCUCCUCAGAUUGGCCAACAAUGGACAAACCAGAGCAGGUGAUGGAGGGCACGGCUACCUGAAGGACUGGCUGUGGUGGGGAGGCCUGUUGACCAUGGGAGCAGGAGAGGUGUGUAACUUUGCUGCCUACAUGUUUGCCCCGGCCACGCUGGUGACCCCACUGGGUGCUCUGAGUGUCCUAAUCAGUGCAGUGCUGUCCUCCCACCUGUUGGGGGAGGUGUUGAAUGUGGUGGGGAAGCUCGGGUGUCUGCUCUGCAUCCUGGGAAGCAUCUUGCUGGUUCUCCACGCCCCUCAGGAAAAGGAAGUGACAUCACUUCAGGACAUGGCCAACAAGUUGUUGGAACCUGGUUUCCUGGUGUACAUGUCGAUGGUGUUGGUGACGUGUGCCGUGCUCGUGCUGUAUUUUGCUCCUCGAGUCGGCCCCUCAAACAUCCUCGUCUACAUCAGCAUCUGCUCACUGCUCGGAGCCUUCACCGUCUCCUCUGUGAAGGGCCUCGCCAUCGUCAUCAACACAGUGUUUGAUGAUAUUUCAGUGCUUGCCAGUCCUCUCACCUGGAUCCUGUUGAUCACUCUUGUUGGCUCCAUCAUAACACAGGUGAACUACCUGAACAAGUCUCUGGACACCUUUAACACCCUGCUCGUCUACCCCAUCUACUAUGUCCUCUUUACCUCUGUGGUUCUGUGCUCCUCCAUCAUCCUGUUCCAGGAGUGGAGGAGCAUGGAAGCUGUGGACGUGGUCACCACGCUGGGAGCCUUCCUGGUCAUCGUGGUGGGCGUGGCCAUGCUGCACCUGUUCAAAGAGGUGCAGGUGACGAUGACGGAGCUAACCAGUCAGCUGUCUCAGCCAGUGGAGAGGGGCGAGCUUGCAGAGGAGGUUUCAGCCAAUGGACGCGCAGCAGCAGGAGGAGGAAGAGAGAAUAAAAGAGAGGAUAAAUACGGCCUGAUAGACAACAUGAUGAUAGAGAGUCUGCCUCCUAUGAGAGAGGAAGGACCCAGAGUCUUCAUCAUCAGCUGAAGGAGACAGGAGAAGAAACAGAGACACAUUUUGGUGUCUGAUACUGUGAGUCUUCUGCACUUUUUUAAAAGCCCUGGCCUCUGGUUUCAUGGCUCAACAUGGAGGUCCUUCAGCUUUUACAUUAAAACACAUUUACCUGAACAUGUAAGGAACAGGUCAGAGGCAGGAAAAAAAGGCACACACCUCUUUACAUUUCAUCUGGAUGAAAAACAAACUCCAACAAAAGCAAGAAGCACUUUUAAAAAAUCACACAUUUCCAUGACAUUUCAGGUCCAAAUGUUAACAUCAAUUAAAAUGAUUUUAUUUCACUUUUAAACCGUACUCGCUCAAAAUAUGACCAAGAAUAAAGAACUAUCUCUUUUAUUAUAAAAAUAAGAUACCUACCGUAAUUUAUUUGUAUUAAAAUAAGUUUAAAAGUUGUUGUUCUGCAGGUAUUUGCAUGUUAAGACCAGUAAGUUGACACCAAAAUGCUGCUCAGUUUAUUCAAACAGGUUGUGUAGACAUUUGCCUUUAAACAGCAAACAGUGAACACAAACAACAAUGUCAUAAACGUGUUUAAAAGCCACACACAAAUACAGUAAAUCAAAAGUACACUGAGAACUACUGACAUUAGAUAUUAUUUUGUAGGGUUUAAACGUUGAGGUCAGGUUCGUUCAGCUGUUCCUAGUGUCUACAUCAUGUAAAGAUUGAAAACAACACAGUACAGAAGUUACCUGAUAUCUCCUCCUGGACGGAGAUCAGCUAUUAAUAAAUAAUAAGCUGUAUUUUCUCACUACGAGUAUGUGACAGUUGUAGCCUGAGAGCAGAGAUGUCUGCAGUGUUUGGUAUUUAAACCUGAGGCAGUGAGGAGGCGUUGCUCGAUGCCAAAGUUGAAACAGAAUCUGGAAUUAAAGAAUGACUUUAAUGUCUUGCAGGUGAAAAAAUAAAAAGUCAGCCUGAGGUUUGAGUUGCGUCAGUCAAGUUGUGUUGAAGAUAUGUUGUAGGUCAUGAUCCUCUCAGUGUCAGAUUUCACUCUGAAGGAUCAGAUCUCAGGAGAGGUCGUGAGCGAGCAUACAGUAUGUUUCCGUUUAUUAUUUUCUCUUUCACUGUUACUUAUAAAAAAAUAAGGGUCAGAGCUUUGACUGUAAGUAGAGCUGGUUGAUACACCUCCACCUUCUCUCUUCUGUACAAAAUAAUGAACAUAAAAUAUCCUCCACUACUCUGAAAGUUCUUUACAAUCUAAUGUUUUUUGACUGCUCUGUUGACCAAUGAGGCUCCUGCAAUGCUGUGUGAGAAUAGCGAAGAAACAGUGAGAGCAAAUGUAACAAACACUAACACAAGAGUCAUUGUACUUUCCAUAACCGUGAGUGUCUGCUUCAAAUCCACACAAUAAUCUGCUCUAAUGUGGUCUAGACCCAGCUGAGGGCUUUUUGUACAUUUAUAGCCAUGUGUGUGACAUUAGUCCUGCCAGGUUACUCCAGCACUAUGACACUUUAUUUCCAAAUGUCAUUUCGAGACCCACACAGACUUUGCUCAUAUUUGAAGAAAUCAACAAUAAAUUAUUCAAAUCUACCAUUACAUUUUAAAGCACACUAAUUUAAUUUAUUUGAUUAGUUUUAUUUUUGUGUUGUUCAACUCAUGUCGUGACAUGUUUCAGGGGUUAUUUGUGUUACAUAGUCUUUUUCAAUUUCGGGGGGGUGAAUAUGCAGCAAACAGUUCCUGUGUUGAAAUUCAUAAAUAGUGAGUUUGUUUUGAUUGAAGAAAAAUAAAUAUGUAAAAGGUACAAACUUUA